GCAUCACUUUACUAAGCUUUAAUGGAGUUUAGUUAUGCAAAAUUUUACCUAUUGCUAGAUUUAGUAAAUGUUUCUUUGGAUCUAGACCGGUGAAAACAUCAGACCAACCAAGGGAGAUGUAUUCAGUGAAAAGAAUCAAUCUUUUUGUGGCAGCACUUAUUGUGAACGUUGCUGUUUUUUCCUUGGGAAGCUUGUACAGUUGGACUUCGCCCUCCAUUCCUAAGCUGAGGGCCAAAGACUCUUGGUUGCCUAUUGAUACCAAUGAGGCGUCAUGGAUUGGAUCUCUAGUGGCGUUUGGCUCCAUCUUGGGCCCGUUCCUGGGAGGCUACCUCAUGGACCACAUUGGUCGAAGACCUACUGUUGUUGUCUCUGUGGCCCUUGCUGUUAUGUCCUGGGCUGUUCUGUACCAAGCUACCAGGGUCUGGGAGAUCUACAUUUCACGAGUGAUUGGUGGAAUCGGCGGAGGGAUCAUCUUCACAACUGUGCCCACAUACGUAGGUGAAAUUGCUGAGGACAAUGUACGCAGUGCUCUGUCAUCAUCCUUCAAUUUAUUCUUCACUGGAGGGUUGCUUGUUGAGUACCUGGACGAUGUACACAGUGCUCUGUCAUCAUCCUUCAAUUUAUUCUUCACUGGAGGGUUGCUUGAUGAGUACCUGGACGAUGUACACAGUGCUCUGUCACCAUCCUUCAAUUUAUUCUUCACUGGAGGGUUGCUUGUUGAGUACCUGGACGAUGUACGCAGUGCUCUGUCAUCACUCUUCAAUUUAUUCUUCACUGGAGGGUUGCUUGUUGAGUACCUGGUUGUGUCAUAUGUUGCUCACGCUAUAUUGUUGAUAUUGUGGAAUUGCUUGCCACUACCAAUGUUCCAGGACGAUGUACGCAGUGCUCUGUCAUCACUCUUCAAUUUAUUCUUCACUGGAGGGUUGCUUGUUGAGUACCUGGUUGGUCCCUACGUAUCCUACUGGUCCCUGAUCUGGGUAUCGUGUGUUGCUCCCGCCAUAUUCCUUUUGUUUAGCCCUUGGUUGCCAGAGUCUCCAUACUUCCAUCUGCAACACAACUAUGAUGACAAGGCUUUGAUCAACCUUAUAUGGCUCAGGAAAGGAAUAUCAAAAGAGCAGGCUGAAGAAGAAAUCAAGACUAUUAAGGAAUCUGUGGAAGAGUCAAAGAAAUCCAAGGGGACGUUUUUUGACUUGUUCAGCACCAGGGGCAGACGCAUGGCCUUGCUGCUGUCAAUAGGAUGUGUAUUUUUCCAGCAGCUCAGUGGCAUCAACGUACUUCUGUUCUACUCCCAGAUGAUAUUUGAGAUGGCUGGCCAGAUGACACUGGACCCCAGUGAGUCCACCAUUCUUGUGGCUGUGGUGUUACUGUCGGCAGCCGCAGCAGCUGUUCCUCUUACUCACAUGUUUGGCAUUAAAAUAAUGCUUCUUGUCUCCGCUCUUGGCAUGUCAUUCUUUCUGGGUUUGCUAUCAUUGUAUUUCUAUAUACUGGAAGAGGGAAACGAUACAUCUAGUUACAGUUGGUUGCCAAUUGUUAGCGUGAUUGGUUAUGUCAUCAUUUACUCAUUUGGGUUUGGUCCACUCCCUUGGGCUGUCAUGGCAGAAGUCUUCCCACCAAAUGUCAAAGGAAUUGCCUCUGCUGUCACGUCAUCAAGUUGCUGGGCAAUGGGAUUUGUUCUCACCAAACUGUUCCCUAUUUUAUCAGAAAAAAUUGGCACACAUUCUCUUUUCUUCUCAUUCUCAGUGUUUUCUGUAAUUGCUUUUUUCUUUAUACUAAUUUUACUACCUGAUACAAAAGGAAUGCCUCUGCAAGAAAUACAUAUCAUGUUAGAGGGAUCUCAAAAAUCACAGCCCGAUCAUCAAAUUACAAGUUCAGAUUUGUAAAUAAUGUACAAAAUUAUUGUUGGCUAAGACGGAUAUAUCUGCCAAAUCAAAUUUUAUUUUCUUUAUAACUUUAGUUCAAAAAUUUGUUCAGCACUUAGGAAAAUCUGUUAUGAUCCAUGAAUAAUUUCGAGCAAAAUAAAUUCAAAACAUAACCACUUUAGUUUUUGAAUUUUGGCAACAACAAAAAUUAAGCUCCAGCCCUUGAUUUAAUUUGGCCAUGUAUAAACAAUAAACAAAUAUUCCUCCAUCAACUUUUAUUUUUUACAUUAUGAUAUUUUUUACUUUUUCAAUACACACAUGUAAAACAAAGUUUAAGAAGACAUAAAAUACUCAGUAGCUUUCCUUGGACCAAGCUCAAUAGAUUUUAGAAUCUCGGAGGCAGAUUUAUUUUUAGUUUCUGGUACAAAAUUGUACGUGAAAAUUACACCAAGAAAACAUGAUGUUGCAAAAAAAGCAAAAGUUGCUGAAUUUCCAAAUAAGUCAACACUGCCAAUAAAACUCUUUGUGAUCCAGAAAGUUAACAA